AAACAGCAGGACAGCCAACCUGGCAGCGUCGCUACUGGUGGAUGUUAAGUUCCUGGUUUGGGGAAGCGAGGCUAAACAAACCGAGAGGAGGAGAGCGCAGCUUUCGUGCGGAUCUUAAGUGUAAAUGCUGGGCUGAGUAACCAGGGAAAAGCCGCUGUUAUGGAGCGCCGCGAUUUGCAGGCUGCCGGGCGAUCUUCGAUAGUGUCCGAUUACCUGGCGCAACUCCGGGCUCCGAGGGGGCCGCCCGCCGCCGAGCCCGCGGUACAGAAGCCGGCGAAGCGGCAGGCGGUCAAGAGGCACCAUCACAAGCACAACCUCAAGCACCGCUACGACUUCCUGCAGACCCUGGGGAAGGGCACAUACGGGACAGUGAAGAAGGCGGUGGAGCGCUCGGGGAGAGUGGUGGCCAUCAAAUCAAUAAGAAAGGAGAAGAUCACAGACGAGCAGGAUCUGACGCACAUACGCAGAGAGAUCGAAAUAAUGUCCUCCAUCAACCACCCACACAUCAUUGGCAUCUAUGAAGUGUUUGAGAACAAAGACAAGAUUGUCAUUGUGAUGGAGUAUGCCAGUCGGGGGGACCUAUAUGACUACAUCAGCGAGCGUCAGAAGCUUCCAGAACACGAAGCACGCCACUUCUUCCGGCAAAUAGUGUCUGCAGUGCACUACUGCCACCAGAACGGCAUCGUGCACAGGGACCUGAAGCUGGAGAACAUCCUCUUGGAUGAACAUGGGAAUGUGAAGAUUGCAGAUUUCGGGCUCUCGAACCUGUUCUGUGGAGAUAAGUACCUGCAGACCUUCUGUGGAAGCCCGCUUUACGCUUCUCCGGAGAUCGUGAACGGUCGCCCGUAUAAGGGGCCCGAGGUAGACAGCUGGUCCCUGGGUGUGCUGCUCUACACCAUGGUGCAUGGAUCAAUGCCCUUCGACGGACAGGACUACAGGAACCUGGUCCGACAGAUCAGCACGGGAAAUUACCGCAAGCCUUUGAAGCCUUCCGAAGCCUCUGGUCUUAUCCGCUGGAUGCUAAUGGUGAACCCUGACCGCCGGGCUACGCUGGAGGAGAUCGCUGGACACUGGUGGCUAAACUGGGGCUACCAAGGCCCAGUGGUCGAUCAGGGUGAGCCAGUAGCGCACCAAGGAAGCGUGAAGACACCUCAUGAAGGAGGAGGGCUGGCUGGCAUCGCCAGCUGGCUGCGCAGGAAUUCUCGGCCGCUGCUUGAGAAUGGCUCCAAGGUGCGCUGCCUGCUCCGGCCACAGGGUGGUGGCGACUUUGUCAGGCAGCGCUCCCUCAGGAGGUCGCGCAAGGAGAAUAACAUUUCCCAGAUGAGGCAGGAUGGGGCCCCUGCUCGGCCCUUCAAGGGGAUCCUGAAGAAGAGGGGAAGCCUGAAGCAUAAGUCUAUUGGCGAACCCCAGAACGCGGAGGGUGAGGUUGUAAAGCCUGGGACGGGACCCCCUCCAUCUCCUCCGCCCAGCUUUGCUCUCCCUCGCAAGGGCAUCCUCAAGAACUCUUUGGAGCAGGAAUCGGGCUACAGCUCCUCUUCUCCUGAGAACACCACCUCGGACCCGGAUCCUCAGCCACCCAGCUGCCCUGCCAAUCCCAUACAGCGCAAGGGCAUCCUGAAGAGGGACGGCAAGUUCUCGAGUCCGCGUCCUCAGGACUUCGGUUCGCUGGACCGACUAGCCUCCGGGCUCUGUCUCAAGCCCCUGACUCGUCCGAGUCGGGCCGUCAGCAAGGACAGCAUCCUUUCCUCAGAGUCGUUUGACAUGCUGGACCUGCCGGAGCGGGAGGCGUCUCCAGUGCCCACAGGCUCGUGGCAGAGCAAGGGCUGCCCCAUCAGGGGCUACAUGUCCGUCGAUGACCUCCUGGGACUCUCUUCCGACGAGCCAGUAGAGGAAAUGGGAGGCCUUUGGGGCAUGCGGUGCUAUCAAGGCAGGGUUACCGAGAGUGCCUAUUCCCUGGCAGGCUGCAAGGACAUCAAGGCUGAGGAGAGAUGCAGGAACGACAGAUGAAGCCCUAACAAGGGGAGACGCCAUGUUUUUCUCAUGCAUGCAGAGGCCCGCAGCAAUCGAAGGCCCGGCCUGCAAUGCGUGUUUGUGGAGUUGAUGCGACAUUGGCUUGUGGCCUAGGGAAAUGCGUCGCACGCUCAGAGUCUCAGUUGGCCGUAUGGGAUGGGAAGUAGUGAGAUCAGGUGCCGGAGGUAUCUUUAGGGUCAUUGUUUGCAACCAUUACAUAAAGCAAUACAAGCAUGUAGAUGCAUCUAGAACAUUUCCUAUCUGUUUGAGUUAAUGACAGUUGAGUAAAAAAAAAACGCUUACAGGUUAUUCAUGAAACCUACUACAGAUGGAAUGCGUCUGAAAUAUUGCUUCUGCACAAAUUUUAGAUAGUUACCGUUUCUCAGACUCGAAAGGUAAUAUAUUUGUCAAAAAAUUGUACUUGUAUUUGUCAUUUUGGUUUAUCCGUUGCAUAUGUUGUCCUUUGCACGGUUUGUGAGGUUCACCUCUCACCAUUGGCUGUGACGUGCAAGCCUGGUGCUAAGGUCAGGUGGGGGUGGUGGGGUGAGGGGCAUCUCUUAUCUGGCAUAAAACAUUUUACACUACCAAGGACAUAACUGGAAUAAAUGAGGAGCUUUUAUCGUCCCUUUUUAAAAAGAGUAACUUUUAAUGUAGAAGGUAAGGGGGGAGGUACUGCUAGGCACAUCCCACAGACCAGAAGCAGGCUUUGAGGAACCAGGUUAAUGUUUUUCUUUUACAGCAUGUGUUAGCCUGCUGAAGGGCAAAGGUCAUUUGGAGUUUGAUUUGGCUGAAGGAUCUCUGGCAGCUCGAUAUCAUACCGGGGGUACAGGUGGAGAUGAAUUGUGCCUGGUGGACUUUCUCUAUUUAGUUUUGCCAUUUUUCUUCCUGCUUUUUGUUGGGUUAUUUUUAAAUACAGAUAGUGCUGAAACACUAUGCACUGCAAUUUAUGCUGCAGGCUUUUAUUGUGCAAAAAUUUGUGUGAGUAGAGUGUUGAUAGCACUAUAUGAAUAACAAACGGCAUUUUCACUCAUGGAAAAAUAUUACAGCAAAAAAUACUUCAAAUAUUUUGUAAGACGUGGUGAAGACUUAGAGCCUGACAUAUGGAAGAUGCUUUUAAAAUAAAUUCAAUUACGGGAAAUGAAUUUAAGAGAAGUCAUUGGGUUGGUCUUAAAGUUAUGGCUGCAUCUGAACAGUUUUCCAUCUAGUGUUUCACCGCCGUGUGAUUUUUUUUAAAUUUUUUUUGUUUGAGGGGUGGUGGUAUUAACUCUGCUCUAACAACUGAAAUCAUCAAUCAUGUUCUGGACAGUGACCCCCCCCCCCAAACACACUCUCUCGCUCAGGCUUUGGUGCCUUUGAAGCCUUUGAAGGUGCUUUUGUGCCUGUCGACGGCUUUGCUCGCAGUGCCACUUGGGACUUCCAAGUUCCGGAAUAAACUGUACUGGUCCUUUCUAAGCAAAAAAAGGAGUUUGUAGCCUGGGAAACCUCCUUUGUAACACAUACUUUGAAUUUACUUUUUAUUUCAUGCAUUAAAUGCCUUGAAAGUGUAACGUUCUUUAUCUCCGUAUUUAAAUUUUAAUUUAAAAAGUCAAAGCUGGCUGUGUGGUAUUAUCGAAGGAAUGUUACAAGACUGUUUCUUAACCCUAUAAAACUUUGGAAAAUGUGUUUUUUUUCCCCUCCUUUUUGUUCUUAUUCCAAAUGAACCAUUAAUCAAAUGGAAAUAAAAGCAAACCAAAGGGU